GGAAGUCAAACACAGAUCCCACAAGUUGUCUAACCUACAACAGGUAACCAGCAAAGCAAUCAUGACAGCCAAAACGGUGAUCGUGUUUUAUAUUUAUCUGCAAGGUGUACUCACAAGUGAACUUGCCCAGAAGUUUCCUCAUGUCCAAUUUGUGAAAGCUGGAGAAGCAGUCACCAUUAUUUGUAAUAAGACUUCAGACAAAAGCUAUGCUAACUGGCAGUGGUAUAAAGAAAAGGAAGAUGGAGGGUUACAGGAUGUGGCACGAAGCACAUGCUUAUCAUCAGCACCAUCAUCACCAUCAGAAAGAAUUGUACCAAAGUGCAAAGAAAAACAGCUUGCUGUAGAGAUUAAAAAUGCGGAGAGAUCUGAUUCCGGAGUAUAUUACUGCUCUGAGCCCGGACUGGACCAGACCUUUUAUGCGGCCAACACAUUAAUUGUUACAGAUCCUAACCAAGAAGAGCCCACGCUAACCUUACUUGCUCCAGUCGCACAACAAAAUGCAGAUUCUGGGACAAUGGUAUUACUGUGUAUUGCACUUAACUGGUCCAACAAAUGGAGUCUGCUUAAGUGGUCUAUCGAUGAAAAAGAACUUGACGGUUGGCUAACGCUUGAUCCAGAUGGCAGUUUGAGAAAUCUGAUUUUUCUACCCACGAGUGAUGUUGAAAAAGCUAUCUGUUACAUUAAAAACCUACAAGAAGGCAGAAAUAUCUCUGCCCAUUAUUCCACUGUAUCUAAAUAUCUAACAACAGAAGAUGAUCAAAAUGACCAAAGUCAGUGUUAUAUUGUCCUGUAUGUGGGAUUAGGCUUUGCGGUCCUUCUCCUAGUGAUACAUCAGAUCAUCCUUGCCAAAAGACGGGGAAGCGUGUGUAAAAAGCAUCCAAACAAGCAGACUCGUCCUGAGCGAGCAGUGAGAUUUCGUCCAGAGGAUGAGAUGGUCACUUAUGCUCCUGUAAAAGGAUAAUCAACCACUUGAAGCCUCUAGAAGUUCCUUUGGGGCUGCAGGGCUUCAUUUUUUGAGAAUUCUCGUUCUUUUAACUGCUCAAAAGUGACAAAUUUUGAAGAAAUUCAACCUCCAAAUUCAAUCUACUCUAACAAGCUGGAAGUAAGGAUAAUGUUUACUCAUCAGGUGUAAAAGUCAAAAACUGGAAAACCUAUGAAAGAACUAAGAAGCAUUUUGUAUGGUAGACGUUUAAAUGGUAACCACUUUUGUACCCAGAAGAUGCUAGAUCCUGAUGAGGAAGCGCUGUUCUGAAGUAAUGCCCAGUGGAAAUGACCCGGCAAUAGGGCAAAGCAGAGGAAACUGAAAGCCGGUAUAAAUCUGGGUGCCUGCACAUCAUACUUGUUAGAAGCCUUUACAAUCUCUGUAAAGAAUGCAGCUUGGUCCCCUCACUGCCCCUAGCUUGUGGUUGGCUAGUAAGGGAGCAUCACCAAACUGAUAACCUUGUCAGCGUAUGUACAUUCGCCAAACCUGAUGGGCCCAUAGCCAAUUUCUUUUCUAGUUCUAUAAAAUGGAGGAUUACAAGAACCCGCUGAUUACCAAGUCAUAGACUCUUACAGUAGUUAUAUUACAAAAUUUGAAAAACUGCAUUUAAUGGCGUUUUUAUGACCGCCUAGGGUGUAAAGCUUUUAUAAAAAAUGUACAACAAAUAUAUAUUUUUCAAGUGAUAAAAUUGCAUAACAUACAUCUACAACAUUGCUAGUGUGUGUUUAUUUGGUUAGAUGUGUGGUCAAUUGGACUAUAUGUAUUAUAUUUUACAGGAUUUACAGAACCUUUGCAAUCUAUUUUAACCUUUUUUUUUGUUUGUUUUUUUCCAUACAUGUUUAUCAUGCCAUUACAGUUUAAGAAGUUGUACCAGUCAUGAUAGAUUGAAUAUUACAUUACAAUAUUACCAAGAAAUUUUGAAUACAUUUUUUUAUUGCAUUCUAAAAUGUACAUUAUAAUAACAUUUCAAAACAUUUUUGCUCCCCAAGCUCAUUAUCCAGCUAAUAUGUGUAAUUGUAUUUCUCUGUUUGCUAUAGUCUACAGAGAAUCUAUUACCACAGAUCCCUUUAGGUUUAAUUAGCCGUAUCAAGAAAACCAAGACUAGAACUUUGAGAAGGGACAAAAAUAAAUAAAAAGGAAAGCCAGACAUAGUUAUUAUUCUAUAUUCUUUGCAUUUUAUAACUUAUGGUAUAGUUCUUCCACUGCAACUUUGGCAAUCAAAGCCUAACAAGUGUUCUAACUCUUCCCUUUCUCUAAAUUGAAAAACAAAUCUUUGUCUUUAGAUACAUUUUAAUUAUUUUUAACCUUGAUCAAGAUGUGGCUUGACCCCUCAAAUGUAUGGGUCAUGUUCAAAAUAAAGGGUAAAACUUCAAGGUAGGGGAACCAAAGCUUCAUAACUGCUAAUGGAGACUUUACCAUAAGGCUCCAUGCACACUGGAAGCUAAAAAAAAGCUAUAAGAAACACCAGUAGCUUUGUAG